GAAUCGUGGGGCUGGCCUCGGCCCGGGAGCUCGUCAGGCGGCAUCCCUCGCUCGCCUUCGCCGUGCUGGAGAAGGAGCAGGAGCUGGGUAUGGUGCCGUGUCCUCCUCACCCGGGUGUGCUCGGGUUCACCGGCUCAUCACCAGAGUGGACAUAACAGUGGCGUGAUUCACAGUGGAAUUUACUACACACCUGGAUCUCUGAAAGCUAAGCUGUGUGUAGAGGGAGCAGCCCUCUGCUACGAGUACUGUGACCAGAAGGGAAUACCAUAUAAGCAGUGUGGGAAGCAAUUCAAAUUGGUUUAUUUUCUGGACCUAAAUAGUAAUUCUCCUUAUCUGUCGGCUGAGCUGAAAUAUCCCAGGUAAUGGUGGAAGCCAGGCCCCAUGGAAGAGCACCUGUGUAGCUCCAAGGAGCACAAAGUCUCUCAGUAUGUGCAUACCUUAUAUCCUGGCAUAUCAGACUCUGGAAAGACUUGAAAACAGCUCCAGAUGUGACCCAGCUACAUGCAUUUAUGCCAUGUUACAUCCACCUAACACAACCUGAAAUGCUGGGGACAGAAGAGUGGCUGUACCGAUUCGCUUGGGGUCUACCCAAACCUGUAUUCAAUUUCUGGAAGUUUCUGGAGAGACUAAGGAAGGAAUAAGAACAGGACAAGCAAAUUACUAAUUCUUCCAGCUUUCAAUUAUUUUCAGCUCAGAUAAUUUUCUGAGCCUGAUGUAUUUUGUCUGUUGUGACUCUCAAUGGUUUUCUUUUGCAAGUGUUUUUCAGUUCAAAGCUUUUGCAUCAGAGCAUACUUUGAUGAGCAGUUCCACAGAUCAGCAACCUACUGCAUCAUUUUGCUCCUGGCUCCUACCAGGAAAAAAUCUGAUAGCCCCUACCCCUUGUGUUAGAAAAGCUCAUGAAAAGUUGAUCUGUGCUCACAAUCUCUAAGUUGCACAUAAUUUCAUAUCCCCUUCUCCUUUCCAGCUGCUAAUUGUAGCUGUUGAACAAGAUGAAAUUCCAAGACUCAAAGCUCUAUACAAAAGAGGGCUGCAGAACAAUGUCCCAGGUCUGAAACUGAUUGGAACAAAAGAAAUACAAGCAAAAGAACCCUUCUGCAGGGGUCUGAUGGCCCUUGAUUCUCCAUAUACUGGCAUUGUCAAUUAUAAACAAGUGGCACAGUCCUAUGCAGCAGACUUCUGGGAAGCAGGUGGGACGAUCUUCACUGAUUUUGAAGUUACAAAUAUGGAGAUGGCUAAAGAAAGUUCUUCAGAAAGUGCAGAUGGACUGAAAUACCCACUCAUUGUUCGGAAUGCAAAGGGUGAGGAAAUCUACUGUCGCCACAUUGUGACCUGUGCAGGACUUUACUCAGACCGCCUGUCUGAGAUCAGUGGCUGCAGCCCUGAACCUCGUAUUGUACCCUUCCGUGGAGAUUAUUUGGUGCUAAAGCCAGAAAAGUCUUACAUGGUUAAAGGAAAUAUCUAUCCAGUUCCCAAUCCUCGGUUCCCUUUUCUGGGAUUUCACUUCACACCAAGAAUGGAUGGCAGUGUGUGGCUUGGUCCUAAUGCAGUAUUAGCCUUUAAGAGAGAGGGCUACAAAUUGCUUGACUUCAACACUGGAGACUUUUUAGAUGCUGUAUCGUACAGUGGGUUGUGGAAGCUCGUGCUGAGAAACGUGUCUUACGGACUGAGUGAAAUGUACAGAGCGUGUUUCCUGAAUGCACAGGUGAAGCAACUGCAGAAGUUCAUCCCUGAGGUCACUGUCAAUGAUGUACUCAGGGGUCCAUCUGGAGUGAGAGCUCAAGCAUUGGACAGUGAUGGAAAUUUGGUGGAUGACUUUGUGUUUGAUGGAGGCAGUGGAGAUCUUGGAAGCAGAAUUCUUCAUGUCAGAAAUGCCCCUUCUCCUGCUGCUACCUCCUCCCUUGCCAUCGCAAAAAUGAUUGCAGAUGAAGUGAAGCGAAGGUUUGAAUUAUGAAUGAUUGACAGGUGUAGUGGGGUUCUACGCCUCUUGUAUGUGUAGCAUCUUAUCUGCAUUGAAUGAACUCCACAGCCUUUAAUGACAAAACAGGCAAAGUGUCACUUGCAAGACCAGCACUGGUAUAGCAAACACAGUAUUUGAAAUGUUUGCCUUUGCCAGCCUGCAACUUCUCAGCUUCAUGAGUACAGGAGUUGUGGUGCCUGGUCAGGCCUGGUGUGUUACAGCCGUCUGCAGGAAAGAAACAAACAGCCCUGUUAGCAGUAAAGGUUUGUUCACCUGAGCAGGAACAGCCUGUGGAGGGGCUGGUGCCACAUGCAAUGUGAGGGUCUCUUCAACUGUAGUGGGCCUUUAGGUGAAGCAGGAAGAGCCUCUGUGGUGGGGUUGCCCACACGGACUUCCCAUUCCUCAGGUCUGAACACUGCCUUCUUGUUGCUCUCUGGAGAGCUGGUUGGUCCUCUGAAAAACCGCAGGCAUGGAGUGGUUCUCUGUGUGCUUUGACUCUGACUCCAUUUAAAUUGGAGUCUACAGUCCCCUAGCUUACAUUAAAUUAAUGGAGAUAGAAGGAUAAGCCCUGCUUAAAGGUUCUGCUGAUGUAGAAUUAAGGGCUUUAUCAGAGACUCAAAACAAUAUUCAGAGCCUUCUACAUGAACAUAGAGUAUUACGCAGUAAAAUAAGCCUAACAAGGGAUUACCAAAUACAAGUCAAUUUAGAUACUCAUCAGAUAUGCUAUCUGAUCACUGUCUGUAUUUUUCUUAUAAAGCUGAAAUUAAAAUGUA